CAGGAGUUGUAUUAUUUACUCUGAUAGCGACUCACGUUGCCGACAGAGUCGCGACGACCGACGAAUUGGAUUCACCAUUCAGUCUUUUCAAUCCACCGCGCGUUAUGGCCUUCAAGGUAACUGCAUUUGCUCUCAUCGUGGCCAUCGUCUACGGAGGCAUCAAGUUUAACAGACUCUUCCAAAAUGCACCUGUUCCCAAUUUGGAUGAGCCCUAUUGGGGCCCAGGGUCUCCGAAAGCCGACAGCCGUGCUGUGGUACCUUUCAAAAUAGAUGUGGACGAUGAGGUUUUGAUUGAUCUGAAGAAUAGAUUGGCUAACCAUAGGAAAAUAACUCAAUCACUGGAGGGUGCGAACCAAGACUACGGUAUCCAUUCCAAUCAUCUUGAAGAGAUUUUGAACUAUUGGGAAAAGGAUUACAAAUGGAAGGAACGCGAAGUCAUACUGAACAAAUUUCCGCAGUUCAAGACAGAAAUCCAGGGUCUGAAAAUCCAUUACAUUCAUGUAAAACCAGCAGAUAAGAAUGUUAAAACUCUGCCGUUGCUAAUUCUGCACGGAUGGCCGGGCUCCGUGAAAGAGUUCCACCGGAUUCUGCCGAUGCUGACGCAGAAGCAAGAAGGAGCUGAUUUCGCGUUCGAGGUGAUCGCAGCUUCUUUGCCUGGUUACGGAUUCUCGCAGGCUCCGUCGAAGAUGGGUCUGGGUGCGAUGGAGAUGGCCGUCAUCUUCAAGAACCUGAUGAUUCGACUGGGCUUCGACUCAUUCUACGUGCAAGGAGGUGACUGGGGAGGUGUCAUCGUCACUCACAUGGCUACACUCUAUCCACGCCAUGUGCGAGGCAUGCAUUCGAAUAUGUGCUUUGUGAAUACGCCUCUGUCGUUCUUUAAACACACGGCAGGAAGCUUUUGUCCCAGUUUGUUUAUGACUGAGAAGGAGGUGGAGAAAAACUAUCCGCUGAGCAAAUACUUUUACAAUUUGAUGCUCGAAUUCGGGUACAUGCAUCUGCAAUCCACAAAGCCGGAUACUCUAGGAGUCGGUCUGACAGAUUCCCCGGCCGGUCUGGCAGCCUACAUUCUCGAGAAGUUCUCCACGUGGACGAAUCCCCAUUGGAAGGACCUUCCAGACGCCGGGCUAAAUAAGAAGUACAACUACGAUGAUCUCCUCGACAACGUCAUGAUCUAUUGGGUCACGAAAACCAUCACCACUUCGAUGCGUCUAUACUCAGAAUCCUUCAACAUACUUCAAUCACAAUCAGGGAUUGCAAGGGCUCCAAUCACUGUUCCAGCUGCAUGCGCAAGGUACCAAUACGAAUUGGGUAUUCAACCCGAAUGGAUUCUGAAAGACAAAUACACCAACCUUGUUCAACUCACUGAUUACGACUUCGGUGGUCAUUUCAUUGCCUUCGAAGAACCCACCUCAUUAACCAAAGACAUCUUCACCGCCGUCAUGAAAAUGGAACAGAGCAAUUCUUCAAAAUAACAAUUUGAUGAGUUUGCCAUUGUUUCUACUUGCAUUACUUGUUUAUUUUUUUUUCGUAAAAUUGUAUAAUUCUAAGAUAUGUUAAAUUUGUCAUUACAAUAACAGCAAAUUAAUAAAAUAUUUUUUAAUAAAUCAAAA